UUUCCGCUUCCCCCCCUCUCUCUCUCUCACACACACACUCACACUCGAAUUACACAAUAUGGCAAGAGUACUAGUGUAACUAAUAUGCGUCCACUUGUAAAUGCAGGUCUGUUGGUGGAGAAAGCCUGUGAGCUUUCACUACGAAAAUCUCCUUUCUAUAAGCUACUUUGUUUCUUUCCUUGAUUUUCUUCAGAAUAAAUGUUCUUUGUAAUACUAUGCGUUCCAUUUUGAUUUAAUUGUUUGCAGGCAUUUAUUUUGCGGCGAGAUCUGAAGCAGUAGUGAGGGAAGCCGCUCGAAAGUAUGAAGCAGAGCACUCGUCUCAGCUCGGCUGUUUUUCAGCUUACUCCAACUCGGACGAGGUGUGAUUUGAUUAUCAUAGCAAAUGACAGGAAAGAGAAAAUUGCUACUGGAUUGCUAAAUCCAUUUCUUGCACACCUAAAGACUGCCCAAGAUCAAAUUGAUAAAGGUGGUUAUUCAAUUUUGCUUGAACCAGAAACCGGAAGUGAUUCAUCCUGGUUUACAAAGGCCACUUUGGAAAGGUUUGUUCGUUUUGUGAGCACCCCUGAGAUCUUGGAACGUGUCUACACAAUAGAGACUGAGAUCUUACAUAUUGGGGAGGCAAUUGCUUUGCAGAACUGCAAUGAUAUCGGGCAAAGCAUUGUGGAAAACCAUCGACGGAAAUCCCUGGGAGGCUAUGAAGGUGGCAAAUCUGUGCCGAAUGCUAAUGAUGAGAAAGCUAUUGUCCUCUACACGCCUGGAGUGCUGCCACCUGAAGCCGAUGGGUCAUGCUCACAGGAGGAGAAUUCAAAAGUUCAGCUUCUGAAAGUCCUUGAGACCCGUAAAACAGCUCUUCAAAAGGAACAAGGAAUGGCCUUUGCACGUGCUGUAGCAGCAGGUUUUGAUAUUGAUCAUGUGGCAGCUCUUGUUUCCUUUGCUGAGUGCUUUGGAGCUAUGCGUUUAAUGGAGGCAUGCUCAAGGUUCAUAGAUCUCUGGAAGUGUAAGCAUGAAACAGGACAGUGGCUUGAUAUUGACGCAUCAGAAGCAUUGUCCCCUCAGCCAAACUUCUCUGCAGUGAAAGCAUCUGGCAUUGUUUUCUCUGGUAUGUGCAACAACCAAGAUGACUCUAACCAUGAUCUAGCCUCUGAGCAUAUUGGGAAAUCAGGGUCAAAUAAUGCUGAUAACCCGGCCUCUAAUGGUCAACAAGAACACUUUCAAGGACAAUUUCCUCAUCUCGUAUAUCCUCCAUGGCCUAUGCAUACUCCGCCUGGUACUCAACCAGUAUUUCAAGCAUACCCUGUGCAAGGAAUGCCUUACUAUCACCCGUACGCUGGUAAUGGUCCUUUUGUGCAGGCACAUCACUACUCUCUUGAUCACUCCCCAUCAAAUUUAGGUUCUCAUUUAGGACAGAACAGGCAAUCCCCUGAUGUUAGGGAUAGUAAUAAUGAUUCUGAGAUGAGGGAGACUGGUAGAACAAGUUCUUUGGAUGAUACAGAAUCUGAUGAAGAAACUUCACAGAGUAGGAGGUCACGGAAAAAAACUGGAGGCUCUAGCAAAAAGAAAUCAGGCAGGGUUGUAAUACGAAAUAUUAACUAUAUCACUUCUAAAGGGAAGAAAUCUGGCAGUGACACAAAUUCAGAAUCACAUUCGGACAUUGAUGCAGAAAGUGAAAACAUGGAUGAAGAUGUGAUUCAUCAGAAUAGAUCUUCCAAAGGAGGAGGAAGCCAGCUGAGAUCUGUGGAUAGGUUGAAUUUAAACCAUAAUGAUGUCUCCAUUAUGGGGAAAGAUACUGAUGAUAGACACUGGCAGGCAUUUCAAGAUUGUUUGCUGAGAGGUAACAAUGAAGACGCCCACGCUGACAAUGAAGGAAUGUUUGCGAUGGAAAAGGGUGUGAAAUUAAAGAGACAUGCAAACGCUGCCAGUGAUGACCCAUUGGCUCUUGGUGCACGGGAUGGGGCUGAAAUGCAAGAUAAUAGGAUGAAAGACAUUCAUGGAAUCAGUAGAAGUGCCUCUCGUAGCCUCAAGGGAUGUGGUAGCGAAGUUCAAUUUGCGAGUGCAGAUAAUGACUUCAGGGAAAGUGGUCAAAGAGAUAUCCAGUUUACGGAAAGUAAUGGAAAAAAGAUAUUAUUUAGGACAACACAUGAAGAUUAUAUGAUUGGCAAUCAACGAAGCCAGGCUAAUAUCAGGAAUUCAUCAGAUCCACUAGCUCUGAAUAGGUAUGAGAAUACUAUCAAUAAGAAUGAUAGAGAAUCAUCACCUGGAAUGGCUGAUGAAACCUUGAUUGGACCACUUAGGUCAAUGUCAUUGGAUCAAGAUGGAAGAACAGAUAGAAAUGUUAUUGAUAUGGAUUCUGAGAUCCCAUCAAAAUAUCAAAAGUUGGGUCCCGAGGGAAGCAAAAUCAAAGUAGAGUAUGAGCCUAGUGAUUUGAGCUUGAUACCUGAAAGAGGGAUUGAUAAGAGGUCCAUUGUAUACGAUCCUGCUCUAGACUAUGAAAUGCAGGUAUGUGCUGAAGUGUCAGGAAAAAAAGCAGGGAAAGAUGUUAAUAAUGUGAAGGGUGGAGUAAAGAAACCAGACAAGGAUAGGAGGGCAAAGGUUACAUCAGACUCUUUGCAGAAGCAAAGAACUGGAGGCCCUUUGAGGAAGGCCAAACCGUCAAAGAUGAACCCCUUGGAGGAUGCACGAGCCCGUGCUGAAAGUUUAAGAACCUACAAAGCUGAUCUGCAAAAAAUGAAAAAAGAGCAGGAGGAGGCACAAAAAAAGCGUCUUGAAGCUUUAAAGCUGGAAAGGCAAAAAAGAAUUGCUGCUAGGGGUGGUACUAAUGCGGUGAAGGCAUCCACACCUUCACCUCAGGCAAAGCAAUCACACACAAAAACUUCUCCAGCAACUAAUAGAGGAUCAAAGUUCAGUGAUUCAGAGCCUGGAUCAUCUUCACCAUUGCAAAGAUCCAAAGUCCGAACUUCAGUUGGGUCUGGUGUGUCACAUAAAGCCUCUAAAGCUAGUAUAUUAAGUGAGGGUAGCCACGUGGCAGGGAAUAGAUUAAUUAGGUCCUCAUCUUCGUUGUCUGAGACAAAAAGAGAAACCAAUGGCAUAACACCUGAGCCUAAGGCCUCUAUGUCUCGGAUUAGAAGGUUAUCAGAGCCCAAAACAAUCACCAAUUCUCCUGUAAUCACAAUGAAAGCCCGAAGUGCUGAAGCAGCAUUAAAGCGAAAGUUGCCAGAUGGCCCUGAGAGGAACAAAGUAUCUGCUAUUAUCAGCCUUGAUAGAAGCAAGGCUGCAACUCUACCUGAAUUGAAGAUCAAAACAGGGAAGUUGCCUGUAAAUACCGAUGAGAACAAAUCAACAGUGAAGGCCAGACAGAAGGUGAAUGGAGUAAGGCCUUCCAUAGAUCCAGAAAAGGCUGAACUAAAUGCAAAGAUCUGCCGUCAAACACAUGAACUUGAUGUAGAUGAGAACCCUAUAGUUGAGAAAACUGUUGUGGUCCUCGAGUCUGAGAAGUCUUCUGCUCCAACUUUAAAAUCAUCUGAACGAAAGCAAGAGGUGUGGAGCCAGCAGCACAAUGAUCUUGAUAUAGCAGAGAAGAGUAUUGCGAUACAUGCUCCGCUUUCAUCCAUGGAUGGAGUUGAUAAAGAACCGAUAACAUUUCAGCUCCAAAAGCAAUCUGACUAUAAUGAGGUGAAGAGUUCCUAUUCAGAGAAGGAUCCCCCAAACUUUUCCAGCAAUAAUGCUUCUGAACAACCUUACAGGGCCCCUUAUGCUCGUGUCUCCUCUUUGGAAGACCCUUCCACUCACCGUACAGAGUAUGGCAAAGCACCAAUAGCAAGUUCAGGAAUGCUGCCGAGAGCUGAAGAAACUCUUAAAGCACAUGUACCUGAUGCAAAAGCUCUCAAGAUGGAGAGAAAUCAAGCACAUUCAGAGAAGACGUCUGCAAAAGAAUCAUCUAAAGGUUUGAGGAGGCUGUUGAAAUUUGGAAAGAAAAAUCACUCAUCAUCAGUAGAUCGAAGUGUUGACUCAGAGUGUACUAGUGCUGAUGGUACUGAACAUGAUAAUGCAAGGAAGAUGAGUUCAACUGGUGAAGUUCACACAUUAAAGAACCUAAUCUCACAAGAUGAAACCUCCACUGAUAGCAAUGCUCCACAAAAGACAUCUCGCCAUUUCUCUUUACUGUCACCCUUUCGGAUCAAAUCCAGUGAAAAGAAGCAAGCAUCAUAGAGUCUCAAGAUGUUGAGGUGAAAGCUCCCGUGAAAGCUACACCUAUUUUUAGACAGAAAUGAGGAUCCAUCAUUUGUUCAGUGGAACACUCUUCCUCUCUUAUUCCCAUGGCGAACGAGAGGAGUCUUGUUCGAAAAAUAGCCCCCGGUUCCUGAAAUCCCACUUGAAAUUCGCACAGUUCCCAAGCACAGGAAAAAAUUAUGCGCGACAAUGAAUACGUUUUUCCAUUUAUGUAUGAACUCGAGAUCCAGUCUCCAAGCCUUGGAAAGGCUAUGUAUGUAGAAUUAGCAUCCAAGUUCAACAACUGUUUCAUGCUCAAUUCGUAGCUUAUAAAAAUCUUACUGAGUUGUCUUCAUAAAAAAAAAUCUUACUGAGUUCUGUCAAUUUUUGUCUGAUGAAGAGGGUUGAUGCCAAAUGUAAACGGUCAUUAUUUAUUCAA